GAGGAAAGGUGUCCUGCGUCAUGGAUCCUCCCGAUUACGUCUCGAGUGUUAGUUUCAAGUGCCCCUUCUCUAAGUGCAAAAUGCGAAUUAAGGAAUUAUAAAUGCAAUAGAAAUUACUGGAAAGGGAGAAGUAUAGGGAAAACGUUACGAAAAAAGGUGGCUAACGAGAUGACCGUCCCCACCUCCCUUUCGACCCGAAGAUGGUGUGAACAUGACAGUCGAAGUUUCACUUUGCCGACUACUUGAGGUCAAGGGUGUGACCUCAAUGCCUCCAGCGAGGACGACCCCGACAGGACCAGAGGCCCUCCUAGCCCCUGCCCGACUUCGACAGCAACCUUUUGAAUUCUAAAAAAAAGGACUCACGGUUAGAAACCACACACCCCCCACCCCUCUCCCCCUCUCUCCCUCCCUACUAGCUUCAUGUCCAGCACGGAUUGAGGCCUUACAAUGGGCAGCAGCAGUGAGGGAGGAGGUCUAGACAGAAUGAACGGAGCACUGUAUGAGGACACGGCCAGCACGCGAGGCUUGGAGCCCACAGGCCAGACUCCACUCCACAUCCCGGCCAAACGAGUGGCCACCACCCUGGCUGUGUCAACCUACCCACACCCGCCGGAGUGCCCCACGGGGCCUGACUCUGGUGCCGCUGCAGGGGUCAUCAGGCACUCGCAUUCAACGCAACCCUGGAAUUACCAGCCGGACCAUGCAGCAGCUACGGCGCCCUUCGACUCCCAGUACGGACAGGCGUUCUGUCGGGAUGGGGUCACGCCCACCUACUACAAUAUUGCCGACUCGAGAGUGGCAGACCGUAAAACAUUGGCCUUCUGGCCCAACAAAUACGAAUACGCCCCUGGACCCUCGUCCAUGACCACGGCAGAGUCAUGCCAGGCCUUUGCCGCUCAAACCUGGUGCAACUACCCUCCAUACGGGCGUGUCGGACACGUCGAUGCUCAUGGCCAGCCCGUACCAUACCUGACGGCGGCUGAUGGCGCCCCUAAAUCGGCCAUGGAAGCUGCUGCAGGAUACCCCCACGACGGCUACUUAAGGAACUACCCUACGGCUGAAACCAUGCCCCCAGCACCUUACCCUCCAGUACACCGGCAGCCCUUUCCAGUCUCGCACCCAGAUGCGAACAGUGGAAGUUUCUGGCUGUACGGGGGUAAAGGGAAUCCACUUUUAGGAACGUUGGGCUCGAACCCGCUGGAAUGGACCGGGAACAUGACGGUGCGGAAAAAGCGGAAGCCAUACUCCAAGUUCCAGACGCUGGAGCUGGAGAAGGAGUUCCUGUACAACGCGUACGUCUCCAAGCAGAAGCGGUGGGAGCUGGCGCGGAACCUGAACCUGACGGAGCGACAGGUGAAAAUAUGGUUCCAGAACCGUCGCAUGAAAAAUAAAAAAAAUAGCCAAAGACAGGCGGCGCAGGAGGCGGCAGCAGCAGCAGCCAACGGGGCGGGGGGCACGCCCUCCUCCGGGGGUGGCACCCCCGGCCACCAGCCGACCACCCCCCAGACGCCGAACACUAUCAAACCUUGACGGGUGCCGGGAGCCUGCCCCGCUGCCCCCAAUCUGACCCCCGCCGCACCUGGCCUGCCUCCUCCACCCCCGCCCAUGGCCGCCCAUGCUGCCAUCCCCAACAUCUCGGCGGACAUGUGGGCGUGAGUGAAUAAGGCAUGAAGGUCAAGGUCACCUGCAGUGCUCCGUUUUUCUAAUGGUGUAGGCAACGAGCUUCCGAGUUGAGUUCGUUGUCACUAGACAGUGUCGUGGCGGGAAAAGCAGAAAGCGAAAGUGUUUCUUGCGGUUAGUUUGGUGGCAGUGUUCAUGUUGGACAGGUAACAACAACAGUUAACUGCGAAAAUUAACAGAAAACCCAACAAGACAUCAGACUUGUUAAAAUCUUGUGUCGACAACAACAACAACAACAACCACAAGAGCGUCAGCAGUAUCAACAACCCCAGCGACACUCUUCCGACGAAAAGAACGGAAGAGUCGUGUUUGGGAUGGCUCCCCACCCAACCCCCUACCCCCC